AUGAGAAUCAAGAAAAGAUCAAGAAAGUGGGACCUGGUUGUUCCUGUACCUGCCUUAUUCCAGGAUUGCAAAGCAGAAGUUCGCAUACCGCAUACAUCCUCUGUUAAGGGAUGUCACUCUUGCCUGCGUCUUGGUAGAUCUGUAUGUGUGGAAUGUAUGGCAUCAGGGAGGAGGCAGUGUGGACUGUGCAGUGGCUCAGGGUGGUACUUCAAUAAUCAGUGUCUUGCCUGUGGAGGGACUGGCAUAGCGGUGUGCAUCUCCUGCGGUGGAAUGGGUUCUACAGUAUGCUCGACUUGUUACGGAAAAGGAAAACUUCUCUGGUUCUUGAAACUCAAGAUUAAAUGGAAAAACAACAUACAUAAGACUGUGUUAUAUAAGCACUCAGAAUUGCCUAUUGAUCAGCUUGAGAAGGUUAUUGGAGAGAAUCUAUUCACCGAAAUGAACCAACUGGUUUAUCCUGUUGUCAGUUUCCCUGACAAUGCAGUGAAUGCAGCAUCUAGAGAGGCUGUGAGAGCGCACCAGGCCCAGUUCUCUACCACCUGCCGUAUCCUCCAGCAGAGGCAAACCAUUGAGUUGAUCCCAGUCACUCGCGUGCACUACAGCUGGAAGGAAAAAACUCACAUCUACUUUGUGUACGGAGCUGAACAUAAAGUCUACACAAAGGACUACCCAGUGAAAUGCUGCUGCUGCUCCAUUUUGUAA